AUGGACGUUGUGCAGGGUCCUGGCGAUCAGGGCCGAGGAGCCGCAGCGGAGGGGGCAGCCUCUGUCGCCUCGUUAAGAGUUCGGCGAAGGUCCCCCCGACAACUCACUGAACAGCACACGAGGACACGACCUUUCGGGGGAACGGGCGGCGACAGCGCCAUAAUAAUGCAGGAGUUACGGCACAGGGUCCAAAAUUUGGAGCGACAGUUAGCCGACCAAGAGCGCGAUGGACGAAGCACCGACCCCAGCUACACCCCGUCCCUCGAGCACCAAGAGGGAAACUCCCAUCGAAGCCGCCAGCGACACACCUCCGCAUCCCGAACGGAAGCGGAGAGCACCCGGGAAGAAUCUCCAAUCCCGAGAAGACGAAAUGACACCAUCAUCUACUCCCGUGGCAGAGAGACGCGCCGCACAGCACGAGAUCGCGAGGACAGCGAAGGAAGGUCCGGGAGGACACGACAACCUGUGAUAAUGGGCGUCACCCCGUUCCACCGUUCCAUCCUCGAAGUCCGGUUGCCGAAACACUUCGACAAACCAACGGACAUGAGGUACGAUGGAACUCAAGACCCCCUAGAACAUCUCACGGCCUUCGAGGCAAGGAUGAACCUAGAGGGGGUAGGAGACGAGGUAAGGUGCCGAGCUUUUCCGGUGACCCUGGCGGGACCCGCGAUCAGGUGGUUUAACGGCCUCCCGCAGGGAUCCAUCUACAGCUUCUCGGACAUCAGUCGCGCGUUCCUAGCCCAGUUCACGACGCGAAUAGCAAAGGCAAAACACCCUAUCAAUCUUUUGGGGAUAACACAAAGACAGGGAGAGCCGACCCGAAAGUACCUGGAUCGGUUCAACGACGAAUGCUUGGAAAUAGACGGCUUAACCGACUCGGUGGCCAGCCUUUGCCUGACGAACGGCCUCCUCAACGAAAACUUCCGAAAGCACCUUACCACGAAACCAGUUUGGACGAUGCACGAGAUCCAGACGGUGGCCAAGGAGUAUAUAAAUGACGAGGAAGUCAACCGAGUCGUGGCUGCCAAUAAACGGCAGUCCGGCUACAACCAAGCUCGGCAACCGGGUAACGGAGAAAGAGCAAAGGAACAAGCCAGGGAGGAGGCACCAAACAAGGCACCCAGGCCAUUCCCUCGGGUCGGGAAGUUUGCUAAUUACACCCCACUCACUCUCCCCAUCGUGGAAGUCUAUCAACAAAUAGCUGAGAAGGGAAUUCUCCCGAAGCCCCGACCACUCAAGGACCAUACGGGAGGAAACAAGAACCUUUAUUGUGAUUACCACAAGGGUUAUGGCCACCAAACGCAGGACUGUUUCGACCUGAAGGAUGCACUCGAACAAGCGAUAAGAGAAGGUAAACUAGCAGCAUUCUCUCACCUUAUCAGAGAACCGAGGAGGCGCUACCGCGACCAAGACGAAGAAGGCAAAACCCACUCGGCGAAACGGCGACAAGAGCCAGAAGAAAGGGACCACGGCCUCACCGUGAUAAACGUGGUGACAGCCAAAAACGCCGCGCCAAAAUCCCGAUCGGCACACAAAAAAGAUGCUAAGGUCUUGACGAUCUCCUCCCCGCUGGUGCGAAGCUCUAAGAAACCUCCCUUCAUUUCUUUCGGCCCGGAAGAUCAAUGGUUCGACGACGUCCCGGAAAACCCCCCCAUGGUCAUUACGGCCAGAGUGGGAACCGGCCUCGUCAAACGAAUCCUUGUCAACACAGGAGCCGAUUCAAACAUCAUGUUCCGCAACGUGUUCGACGCACUAGGACUAAAGGACGCCGACCUGACGACUCACCAGCACGGGGUUAUUGGGUUAGGCGACCACUUCAUCAAACCUGACGGAGUAAUAUCCCUACCGAUCUCGGUAGGGCAAUCCCAAGGACGAAGAUCGGCGAUGGCCGAGUUCGUAAUCCUCCGAGAUUCCACCGCCUACAACAUCAUCUUGGGAAGGAAGACGAUAAACGAUGUUGAAGCGAUAAUCAACACUAAGCUGCUAGUCAUGAAGUUCGUUACCGACGACGGGUCCAUAGGGUCCAUAAGAGGGGACCUCGAGACGGCAGUCGCAUGCGACAAUGCUAGCUUAUCCCUAAGGAGGAAAUCCGGAGAGGCAUCCGGUGUGUUUCUAGCCGACUUGGACGCCAGAGUAGACGACAAACCGAGACCAGAACCGGAAGGGGAUCUGGAAAAAUUCGUGAUUGGCGACACGGAAGAGAAGUUCACGUUCAUCAAUAAGAACCUGCCGCGUGAGUUAAAAGAAACCCUGAUCGAAAUGAUAAGGGCCAACAGGGAUUUGUUCACCUGGACACCAGCCGACAUGCCAGGCAUAGACCCAGAAAUCAUGUCACACCAUUUGGCUGUCAGGUCGGAAGCACGCCCGGUAGCACAACGGAGGAGAAAGAUGUCGGCAGAGAGGGCAGAGGAGGUGGCCAGGCAAACGGCCAGCCUCCUGGAAGCAGGUUUCAUACGAGAAGUGGACUACUCGACGUGGCUCUCCAAUGUAGUCCUAGUGAAAAAACACAAUGGCAAGUGGAGAAUGUGCGUAGACUACUCUGACCUUAACAAGGCAUGCCCUAAGGAUUGUUUCCCCCUCCCUAACAUAGACGCACUCGUCGACGCUGCGGCGGGCUACCGCUAUCUAAGCUUCAUGGAUGCCUACUCCGGUUAUAACCAGAUACCGAUGCAUCGUCCAGACGAAGACAAAACGGCGUUCAUAACGCCAGGAGGGACCUUCUGUUACAGAGUGAUGCCUUUCGGCCUGAAAAAUGCAGGGGCGACAUACCAAAGGCUUAUGAGCAAGAUUUUCCACGAUCUGAUAGGCAAGACAGUGGAGGUCUAUGUCGACGAUAUCCUCGCGAAGACAACGCAACCCGACGACCUCAUAAAGGAUCUGGGAAAGGUUUUCAUGUCUCUCCGACAACACGGCAUGAGGCUAAAUCCCCUCAAGUGUGCCUUCGCCAUGGAAGCCGGCAAGUUCCUGGGAUUCAUGAUAAUGCAGAGAGGGGUAGAAGCUAACCCGGAGAAAUGCCAGGCAAUACUCCAGAUGAAAAGCCCGGGUUGCAUCAAGGACGUCCAAAGGUUGGCGGGGCGGUUGACCUCAUUAUCCCAGUUUCUCGGAGCCUCGGCAGCAAAGGCCCUGCCAUUCUUUAAUCUCAUGAAGAAAGGGAUGGCGUUUGAGUGGACACCUGCAUGUGAGGAGGCCUUUCGGCACUUCAAGGAAAUCCUAGCGGCACCACCCGUCCUCGGGAAGCCGAAGGACGGGGAACCACUAUACCUAUACCUAGCUAUAACGAGAGAAGCCCUGGCUGCAGUUCUGGUGCGGGAGGACGGGAAAGCUCAGCAGCCGGUCUAUUUCAUAAGCAGGGCCUUGCAAGGGGCGGAGCUAAGGUACAGCAAGUUGGAAAAACUAGCUCUGGCACUCUUGACUUCCUCACAAAGGUUAAAGCAGUACUUCCAGAGUCACCAGGUCGUCGUCAGAACGGACCAAGGGAUCCGGCAAGUGCUUCAAAAACCCGAUCUGGCGGGAAGAAUGAUGACUUGGUCCAUCGAACUCUCCCAAUAUGAUAUACGAUACGAACCCCGGCAAGCCAUCAAGGCGCAGGCGAUGGCAGACUUUCUAGUAGAGGUGACAGGGGAUCCAGGCGAAGAAACGAGUACACGGUGGAAGCUCCAUGUGGACGGAGCCUCCAACCAAACUUUUGGAGGUGCCGGGAUCAUCCUAGAAAGCCCGAUUGGGGUCGUAUACGAGCAGUCGGUCAGAUUCGAAUUUUCCAUCUCGAACAACCAGGCAGAAUAUGAAGCCCUUAUAGGGGGCUUAACCCUAGCGGCGGAAGUCGGAGCAAGAAGGCUGGAAAUAUGCAGCAAUUCCCAAGUCGUCACCUCCCAGGUAAACGGGAGCUACCAAGCCAAAGACUCAUUGUUACAAAAGUACUUGGAAAAAGUUAAAAGCUUGAGCCAAAAGUUUGAAGAGGUCACGAUCCAUCACGUACCUAGAGAGAGGAACACACGGGCAGACCUCCUAUCAAAGUUGGCCAGCACGAAGCCGGGAGAAGGCAACCGGUCUCUCAUUCAAGGUAUGACAAGGGAACCAGCGGUCACACUGCACAUGUCAAGCCUAGGUUCCUCAUGGCUAGACCCCAUCACCAAUUUCCUAGAACACGGCAAACUCCCUAACAACGAAAAGGACGCGGCGAAAUUGAGAAGGGAAGCAGCCAAAUACGCCGUCAUCCAAGGGCAGCUGUUCAGGAAAGGGCUCAACCAGCCCCUACUGAAGUGCCUACACCCCGACCAGACGGACUACGUCCUCAGGGAAGUCCAUGAAGGCUGCUGUGGACACCACAUCGGAGGCAAGGCCUUAGCGAGGAAAUUAAUCCGAGCUGGAUACUACUGGCCGUCCAUGAUGGCGGACUCCAAGGAUUUUGUCAAAAAAUGUGUGAAGUGUCAACAGAAUGCCAAUUUCGCCAGGGCGCCGGCCUCCGAGUUAAGCUUGCUAACGACCUCCCGGCCAUUCUCUCAAUGGGGAGUCGACCUCUUGGGGCCCUUCCCAGUCGGCCCUGGACAAGUCAAGUACCUCAUAGUCGCAAUUGACUACUACACCAAAUGGAUAGAGGCCGAACCACUAGCUAGCAUAUCCUCGUCCAAUUGCAGGAAAUUCAUGUGGAGGCAGGUGAUAACACGAUUUGGGAUACCAGAAGUCGUCAUCUCAGACAACGGCACCCAAUUUACUGACAAAAAGUUCACGGAAUUCCUUAACGGCCUGGGCAUAAGACAAAAGUUCUCUUCGGUAGAACACCCCCAGACGAACGGGCAGGUGGAGUCUGCCAACAGGAUUAUCCUUUCAGGGCUGAAGAAGAGGUUAGAUAAUAAAAAGGGUGCUUGGGCCGACGAACUAGCCUCGGUUCUCUGGUCCUACCGAACAACCGAACAAUCAUCCACCAAGGAAACCCCCUUCCGGCUAACCUAUGGGGUGGAUGCAGUAAUACCCGUAGAGGUCGGCGAACCGAGCCCGCGGUUACUUUUGAAAGGAGUAGAGGAAACCGUAGAAAAGGACCUGAUAGAUGAAGCCAGAGAAAUGGCUCACUUGACAGAAACAGCGUUAAAACAAAGGAUGGCUCUGCGCUACAACACCAAAGUGCUCAAGAGAGGAUUCGAGCCGAACGAUCUCGUCUUGAGACGAAACGACAUCGGCCCACCGACCCCUGGAGCAGGUAAGCUAGCGGCAAACUGGGAAGGCCCCUACAGAGUCAAAAAAGUGAUGGGUAAAGGUGCUUUCAAGUUAGAAAGGCUUGAUGGUAAGGAAGUCCCAAGGACAUGGAACGCGGACAACCUAAGAAGAUUCUACUCCUAG